AUGGAAAACGUAAUGUUUGCAUUAAUAACUUCCGGCGUUUUAGCUUUGUCCUUCGUUUUAGUUACAGUUUUAAAAUAUAAAUUCACAGCCAAGAAAAAAUGUCUACUAGGCCGUCACGUUAUGGUUACUGGCGGAUCAAGUGGUAUUGGUAAAUGUAUUGCAUUGAAGGCUGCUAAGAUAGGAGCAAAUGUAACUAUUGUUGCAAGGAAUGAAAAUAGACUUCGUUCAGCAUUGGAAGAGAUUAAAGGACAAUGUUUAAAUAGUGAUCAAAAAUUCAACUAUUUGUCUGUUGAUUUAGCGGGUGAUUACAAUAUGGUGAAAACAACUUUUAAUAAAGCAAUUGAUGAGAUGGGACCAUUAUAUUUGUUCAUAAACUGUGCUGGUAUGGCUAUUUGUGGAACAUUAGAAGACGUUUCCACCAAUGAUAUUAUGAAAAUGAUCAAUACUAAUUUGAUAUCUACAAUCCAAGCUACUAAAGCAAUAGUGAAUGAAAUGAAACAAAACGGUUAUGGAAGUAUUGUUAUAACUUCAUCACUGGCAUCCUUCUGUGGUAUUUAUGGUUUAAGUGUAUACUCUGCCACAAAAUUUGCAUUAAGAGGGUUCGCAGAAGCUUUAAGCAUGGAAACAAAGAACUUUGGAGUAAAAGUGACAUUGGCCUUGCCCCCAGAUACGGAUACUCCGGGGUAUGCUAACGAGUCAAAAGACAAACCACUAGAAACAUUAUUGAUUUCGGAAACUGCCAAAUUGUUUACACCAGAAGAAGUAGGAAGGCAAAUCCUUCAAGACACAUUAGAUGGACGUUUCUUUAGCACUGUUGGUUUUGAAGGCCACAUAAUGACUAUUUCUUGUGCUGGAAUGGCUCCAUACACUUCUUAUUUAGAAUUAAUAUGUCAGGUUUUUUGUGCUGGAAUUUUAAGGUUGAUAACUGUUUACUACCAAUCUACAUUUGAUAAAAUAAUUAAAAAAUGUAAAUUUGAUAGAGAACAUUCAAAAACUAAUAAAACAUAA